CGGAAAUCGGCACCCCGACGCUCCAUUGCGAGACGCGUGGCAAGUGGUCACACAACAUCUUCACUGGAAUACAUGCGGCCUUUGGCACGGUCAUUUCUGCCGGAACGAAGAAUAGCCCGCGUGUCAUCUUCAAGGAAGACCCUGCUGGAUGGAAAGGCACGGCGCCUGUGGUCGUGUCGUUUACCGUCUCCGCUGGCCUCCUCAACUUGGAAAACGCGCGGGACACGCAAAUCUGUCUUUCAGUACGAGAAACACCAGCGUCAGCAAUUACUCUUACCAAAUACCUCGGAUUCGGGAAGCACAUUGUUUUUGGAGCGGGAUUACUGGACCAAGAGCAUGUCCACAUCUUGCCUCAGAAUCCCUAUCCUAGCCCUCGCUUGUCUCCGCUGACACCUUCUUCUGCAUUCGGUAUCGGGAGGGCGGAUCCUGUUUCGAUCGACCUGGACGAGGAGUGCGAGUUGAUCCGCCAGUUCACGGCGCGAGUCCAAGUCGAGAACGGCGCAGCCCGAGGCGAGUUUGCGGGAGGCAAGAUGCCCGACAUAUCGCAGCCUUCUCCAUGUGCGAUGCGGCUUUCUAUCGGCGCUCACGUCCAACAAGUCGUUUUCCCGUAUCCCAUCAUUGGAUCACAGAACAGGAUGCGAUUGGCCAGAAAGUCGGGCUACAUUGAGGUGAAGGAAUGAUACUCAUAAACGCGUUGCUGGACUGACACUCGAAAGAUCAUCGUUCCUCCGUCUGGUCCAUUCACACAAGAUGGGCUGAAGACGAGUCCCUUUGCCGUAGUCGGAAGCGUUGGACAUCUACGUUCGUGGAACAUCCAUCGCAUCAAUCUAGACAAGUCACCCGCGAUCGCUUCCGCCAAACACAUCAAGUCGAGCUUGACUGUGCAUCUGGGAACCACCAUGUCAAGCAGAGAGCGUGACUUGAGGAAGAGACACGAAGAAACCGACGCGCUUAUGUGCAUCAAAGAAAGCCUUAACAUCAUCUUUGCCACGACACUCGCACUGCAGAAGAACCAGUCGUCGACCAGAACUUUCGCGUUGAUUUCAAAAGACACCAAAAAUUGCGACACCGUCUUCUUCAUCGACACGGCGCG